AUGUGCUUUGAUGAUAUUUUGAUGACCAAAUUGAUUCAUGUGUUGGCAAUUAUCGUUGUUGUUAUGUUGUUAAGAAUAAUUUUUCAAAACAUAACAUUCAUUUCGUCCAUAUCACGAGGAGAUACUUAUCUAGGGAAAUUAACUAGAUACUUGGCUGAAACUAGAUUAAGGAUCAAUUAUUUCAAGCUUUUAAGAUGGAAAAUACCAUCUGAGGUUAUAAUUUCUGAAGUUGGGAACCCAAUAUUUGGAUUCUUGGUAUUUGUAGGAGUAGAUGGUAUUCCACCAGAUAGUUCACGCGGUGUCGCAAUAGGAUCUAGUAAAUCUCUUAUCGUCAAGAGCAAAAAACGAUUAGUUUUAUCAUCCUCUUAUGAGUAUUAUGAUAUGGUUGAAGAAAUUUUAAAUGUUUGUAUAAAGAAUAUGGAAAAUGAUUGUAUACGUGUUAAUGAGAUCAAUAAAAAUUGA